GUGUGAAGAGACAGCUGAAGCUCGCUCAGCUCACUCCCAGUCCUUUCCCUGCUUGCGUGAGGAGCCUGUCGGUGGAUCGGAGCGAAGAGGCCCCGGGCCACCGUUGUUUCCCUUUUACAGCCCAGACGCUCUCUUCUGACCCUACCCGAGGAAGUCGGACGGAGAGGAAUACUGAUGGCUGUGACCGACAUUCCAGAGGAUGACCUGGAUGAGAUGAUGCGGGAAGAAGCAGAGGAUGUCUUCUAUGAAGACGGAGUUUCUUCCCGUGUCCCAGAGAUCAUGGCGGCAGGCACCCACUCCCCUGGUGGGCCCAACGGCAUCAUACGGAGCCAGUCGUUCGCCGGAUUCAGUACGCUGCAGGAGCGACGGUCUCGGUGUAAUUCGUUCAUAGGAAACUCUGCUGUACCGAAGAAGCCUCAGUCCAAGCCCAAGAAGCCCCACCUGUCUGGUCACAAAGGAGGCAGCAGCUCCAGAGAGCCGCAACCCAAACGUCUGGAGGAGGUUUACACGGCACUCAAACAGGGCUUGGAUGAAUAUCUUGAAGUCCAUCAAACAGAGCUGGAUAAACUCACAUCUCUAAUGAAAGACAUGAAGAGGAACUCUCGCUUGGGAGUGCUGUAUGAUCUCGACAAGCAAAUCAAGAGCAUUGAAAGGUAUAUGAGACGCCUCGAGUUCCACAUCAGCAAGGUGGAUGAGCUGUACGAAGCUUUCUGUAUCCAGAGCCGCCUGAGAGACGGUGCCAUCAGGAUGAAGCAGGCCUUCUCCUCCUCUCCUUCCACCAAAGCCACCAAAGAAAGCAUUUCAGAGGUCAACCGCCGAUACAAGGAGUACACUGAGAACAUGAGUGCUUUCGAGAGCGAACUGGAGAAUCUGCUCGGGGAGUUUCACAUCAAAAUGAAAGGACUGGCAGGCUUUGCUAGGCUCUGUCCUGGAGACCAAUAUGAGAUUUUCAUGCGUUACGGUCGACAGCGCUGGAAGCUGAAGGGGAGGAUCGAAGUGAACUCCAGGCAAAGCUGGGACGGAGACGAGAUGGUCUUCAUGCCCCUCAUCACCGAUCUCAUCAACAUCAAGGUGACCGAGCUUAAGGGUCUGGCCACUCACAUGCUGGUGGGCAGUGUCAUCUGUGAGACCAAAGAGCUGUUUACAGCCAGGCCCCAGGUGGUAGCCGUGGACGUCAAUGACCUGGGAACGAUCAAACUCAACCUGGAGGUUACGUGGUAUCCCUUCGAUGUUGAAGAUUUGACUCUGUCAUCGGGAAACUUGAGCAAAGCUGCAGCUCUCCAGAGACGAGUAUCGGUCUACAGCCAGGGUACUCCUGAGACCCCCACCUUCCAGGACAGCUCCUUUUUCAAGUGGCAGCCAUAUCCCGUCGAGCGCCAGCGCCUCUCCUUCCUCCACAUGCUGCGAGAAACGCUGCUGGAGAAGCUAAGGCGCAGCCGCUCUUUUGGUGACCUGGCCUCGCUCCGGCCAAGGCCCAGAUCCAGUCUUGAGGUCUAUUCCACUUUACCAGAUGACAUCUUUGAAAAUGGCGGCUGUGGUGUGGCUGAGUGCAAACGUCUGUCCUUCACCUUCUCUGACACCUCGGGGUCUUCUCCAAGCCCGGCCCAGAGCUCCUUCUCUCAAAGCCAAUCCAACCCUGAGAUCACCGUCACCCCUCCAGAUACAGAUUCAUUGCCGACCCCCAUCCUUCAGACGAGGGAGGACUCUAUUGCAGAGGAGCAUUUAGUGGAGGAAGAAGAAGAAGAGGAGGAGGACUGCAAAAAAAAAGAAAAUCCUGAAAUGCUAUUUACUAACCAUAUGUUAAAUCUAUCCUUUCAUUUGUCCAAAGAGGGCUUUGCAGAGGCCCUGUGCAGUGGGGAUCACUCUAGAUGUCUAGCACAACUGGAGGAGGUGGCCUGGUCAACCCUUUGGCCUCGAAGCAGCACAUUGAGGGCCCUCGCCUCCCUGCUCACCUCAGAGGAACCCCAGGUCAACAAAGCAGCAUCCGACUACCUCUCCUCCGCAGCCUCAGACAGACACUUCAGAGCCAGGGCAGUGGAGUACUACACCCAGGCGCUGUCAGAGGCUGGAGUCCAGAGCCAGAGGGCGGCCUGCUCUGCUCUCAGCUGCCUUCAGGCAGUGGAAAGCCUGAAAGCAGUCAUAGCGCUGUGUGAUUCAGCUGAUGAGGAGCUGCGUCAUGUGGCCAUAGAGACCCUGCUCACAUUUGGUGAGGAGGGGCGGCUGGCGUAUGAGCAGCUGGACACAGUGGUUGGGAAUAUGAUACGCCUGGGCACACGGAGAGGCAACGCCGUCACCACCGCCUUCUGAGCCACCUUCGAAUCCCAGCCCUGAGGAGCUCAGACGC